CUCUCACAGCUGUAAUUGCAAACCUUAUAUGUGUAUUUUUUUUUAUUAUUAUUGUUUGUUGUUGCUUUUUUCUCCUUUGUAUAUACAGCAGUUACUAUGCCUCAUUUAUAUGAUGAAGACCCUAGAUCUACUAUUUUAAUCAUUCCCGACCUGAUUGUAAAACCUCAACGAAGCACAGGUGUUUAUUUAGCUGGUAUAUUAUUUUCUUUAGGCUGGUGGAUAUUUCUUGACGCUUACAUUAUUUCAAUAAAGAGCCCCGAGCCCUUGACUUUAGUUGAUUGGAUGCCUGGUAUUGCCAGUUCAUUAGGCCUGCUCAUUAUUAAUUUCAUUGGUAGAGCAUACUUUCAGGGCGAGGAACACGUUGAGAGCGUGUGGAAAAUGAGAACAAGUCUAUUGACGGGUUUCACAUUAAUUACGGGAGGGUUUGCGGGAAGCCUUUGUGUUCCAGUCUUCAACAAGAUUUAUUAUAGUGGUAUAAUUCAAAAUUGUUUGAUCCUUGCAAGUGUCAUUAUAUUUUGGAUUAUGCAAAAUACCUUGUGACAAAACGUGUUAAUCACAGGAGUUUUCUUUUUUUUUUUCUUUUUUUUUUUUUCUUUUUUUUUUUUCCUUCCUCCUUUAAGCAUAGAAAACUCAUAUAGUAUUUGACGGAUGCAUUUGGAAAAAAGCAUUGCAUUAAUAAAAUUUUUUUUCUUCGUGGGGGAGGGGAGCAUUAUAUCA